ACUUUUAUAAUGAUAAAAAUGAAAUCAAUGUUAUUACUACUGUUAAUAAUGUUAACAAUAUCACCAAUGUUACCAAUAAUUAUAAUGAAAAAAAAUUUAAUGAUGAUAAUAAAAGUGAAUAUGAAAGUGCAGAGUUAGAUGUGCUAAAAUUAAUCAUAGACAUGGAAUUUGGAACAUGGGAAAUUGCUAAAGCAUAUCUUGAAGAUUAUGCUAAACAAGAAGGGUUUUGUUUUCCUGAUGUUGUUGAAGAAAUUCAAGCCAUAUUUGAUAAACAGUCUAAGAGAGCAUUACUUAAUAAAUUUAAAAAUGAAAUAGCAACCAAAGGAUUACCUAAUAUAAUGGAAGAGUACUUUCUAGAACUGAAUAAGCAAUUGAAAGAAUACUUUACACCACAAAUAUAUCAAAGCAAUGUAACCAAAUCUGAGAUCGAUCAACAAAUUCUUUCUUCAAUUUCAAUGUAUCAAAUUGUUAGAAAUAUACUAAAUCCAAUUCCUCCUAAACCUUUAUUAUUUAAUCAUCUUUCAGAUAUUAGAAAACUAACUCAUGUUGAACAAAAGAGGAGUUCUAAACAAAAGUAUGGUUUUGGAAUUAGCUACGCUAAAAAAGCUCUAGACUAUACAAUUCGAGCAGAUAAAGUUGAUGAGUUCAUCAAUUAUUUGGAAAGAUUCAUUAAAGAUACAAAAGAUGAAUUAGAUAAACAUCAAGAUGUUACAAACAUUGAAAAUCUAAUUGUCAUUAAUCCAAUUCAUAUGUAA